CUGGGGCCCGCUCUCACUCCCCCCCCCGCCCUUCAAUCUCCCUCGCUCUCUCCCCCCUCCCUCCAUUUUUUUUAACGGUAAACAUCCUGCCGAUUUUUAAACGCCUGGUUUGGGCGGCAGGAAGGGGAGCGGCCGCCAUCUUGUUUGUUUGAGUGUCUCGCGGAAGGGGGGGGUGAGGGGGAGACGCGAGGAAAGGGGCAGCGGCGGCGGCGGCGGGUGGCCACCCUCACCCCAGCGCUCAUCCGUGGGGCCCGCUGCCCUCGGCGGCCGCGCAGGAAUCGAGGUAAGGGGCCGGAGGCGGGCGGGGAGGGCCGUCAACUCUUCUGAGAACGGGGAAGAGGCCUAGGCUCGGGCCCAGGUAGGUGCCCGUGUGAGGAGAAACCGCUGCCGCUGAGGGAACCGCCUGGCUUAGCCGGGAAAGAGCCGCUGAGGGCCGAGAGGAGGGAGGGAGGGAGGGAGGCGGCCUUGGCUGCCUUUCGGCCUCCGCCUGACGGGGGAACAAGCCCGCCUUCGCCUCCGACGUCGCCGCAGCGUGUUCGGAGAGGCUCGGCAGGGAAGGAGGAAGCCUUUCCCCGCCUCUGCCCCUCGAGCCUCUUCUCGCCCCUGGCUCGGCGCGCGCCCCGUUUCCUCGAAGGCGGCGGGCGCCGUUGUUUCGAAGAAGAAGCCCCUUUGCAAAAGGAGGUCUCGAGCCGCAGAAAAUUGGGUUGUGUGUUUUGGGGUUUUUUUGCUUCCCUAUGGUCUACUUAAAAGAAAAAGGAAAAAAAAUACUACGAUCCAGUCGCCCCCCCCCCCCCAUUGAAGAUAGGACAAGGCUCGCAACUUACGGACGGAUUGCUUGCAGAUUUUGCCUGGACAAGUGUAAAGAUAUUUUGAAUGCGUUUAUUAAAUAUAUAUAUCUAUAUAACUUUCUGUAGCUAGAUGUCCAUCUCAGCUUAUAAAAAACCAUAUAUGUGUUUGGGUAAUAACUAAGUAACAGUUACUUAGACUAAGUAACAGUUACUUAGACUGGCAUAUAUGCAAAUGUUGUUUGCACGUAGUGAUAUAAUAUAUCCCCCCCCCUUUUCCUCUUCGUGUGCUUUUUUUUAAAAAAAUGUUCAUUUAAGUGAAAAAUCGAAAGGCUGCAAUCCAGUCCACGGUAAGAGCGAGCCCCAUGCAACUCUGUUGAACACGUCUGAGUAAAUAGGUAUAGGGCUGUGCUGGAAACUUUUUGUUCAUAAUGGUGUUAACUUGUGUAUGUUUUUAAUUCUCCUCCUGCGCUUUGCCCAGCAUUGUAAUAUUAUGAUUCCUUUCAUUGUAAAAAGGGGGGCAAAGAUGGCCUCACGUAGUACAUGUCCGCAGGUUGAAUUUACUGUUGGUGCUUAAGAGGGUGAGAUAUUAAUUGAUGCCUAGGAAAAGAAGGACCGUGACAGCUGGAGGUUCUGCUAUCAGGCAGCUCAGCUUCCUAAAAUGUUUGGAUUGUGUGGGAGCGAUUGGGAGACAGACCAAGGCCAUGGGAAUCUCAUGUGUGUUUCCAGAGUUGAGUGAUUUCCUCAGCUGGUAUCCCAUGGCAAGGCACAGUCAUCUGUUAAGCUUGCAAUUUCAGGAUGAAGAGGAUUCUUGCAUAUAUGAAUUUACAAAGAGUUAGACUGUCCAGGCAGUGUAGUGUAUUGGCAAGUGUGUUAGAUUGUGACCUGAGAGACCAGGGUUUGGAUCCCCACUUGGCCAUGAAGCUUGCUGGGUGAUCUUGGGCCAGUCACCAUCUCUUAGCCUAACCUACCUCCCAGGGUUGCUGUGAGGAUGAAGUGGGGAGAACCAACAGUGUAAGAAACAGGGAUAUGAAAGCUAGGAGCUAAAUGGCACCUUAAGUCUAGGUUAUGGGCGCAACAACAGAAUGUCUAGGUACGCUUUUUUUCUAACAAGAAUACAAAGCUGAAAAUGAAUGAACUUCACCUAAAAUAUUCUGUUCAUUUUUCACAUGGUCUAGUCCUUCCUUUGGCCACCUGCUAAUAUUCUUAAGAGGGUCUCUUUUCCAAUCUUCAGAGAAUAGCUGGAAGUGGGGAGGCAGAAAAACUUCCUCCUUUCCUUCCACUCUGCAGUUUUAAUCUGAAAUCUUAGUGCCCUCAGAGCUCAGAAACAGCUCACACUAAUGAAAUUCGCUUUUUGCAAAAUACGCCUAGAACAGUGGGAAUUUCGAACACUGAGAACCAUGUACACCACCUUGAGCUUCUUGGAAGAUUAAGGUGGUAUAUAAAUUAAACUAACACACAAACAUUUCCUAAUAAAGGAGAAGUGUUGACAAACAUUCUUGGUCACUGGCAGUGGAGAGAACUUGCAUCUGGAAGGACAAGUAAUGUCAAAGGUCAUUUAAGUCAAAUUCCUGUGGUGCCAGAAUUUCAGGCUUGUUGGAUUCUUUAUUAUUAGGAUUACAGCAGGCUUGAUAGUUUUCAUCCCACUAUUGCAGUGCCAGAGAUCCUCUUCCCAUCUUGAAGACAUGAAAGUAGGAGUUUAUGGAUAGCAUUCACUGAAGCAGCAAAGCAUGCCCAGCUGUGGAUUUAGUAAUCUUUUUCUGAAAAGUACCUAACAUGAUAGUAAUCCUUAUUGGGUCACAGAGGUGGAAUAACUGUAAAUCAGUGGCUGGCAACUAUUAUUUGAAUGGAGUUCUUAAUUGCAUUAAGUUUUUCCUAAGGGGAACACCUGAUUUUUCUCAGCCAGAGGAUAUGUACUAGGGAGAAGAUUGUGGUUGCUUUACUCCUAGUUGUUUUAUUGCUGUCCUGCACAAUGCUGGCUUAUGUCAUUUCAACCCAAACUUUUGGUUUAGUUCUCUAGUCAAACAUAAGUUAUAAUAAAGUUUGUCUGAGAGUUCACAGGAUGCGGUUGGUUUCAGAUAGCUAAACCAUGAGCCCAGAUUGAAAUGAUACACUAAACCAAACUAUGGCUUCACUCAGUGUAGUAGCAAAAUGAUAAGGAAAAGCAAAAUGGCUUCAAUCUCUCGGAGUUCGUUUGUUUAUGCUAAGUCAUGGUUUGGCUUAGCGUGAUGUGUGAAUGAGGCAUAAUAAUUUCAGUAUUCCUAAAGAGUAGUGAUUAUGUGUAGUUCAUAUAAACAUAUUAUUGUUUUCUGGGUAUAAAGCCUCUUGUGUUCCAUUCACACUUCAAUCAGUGUGUGGAGGGAGACAGAAUCACACCCACCGAUUUCCAUCUAUGUAUGUUUAGUAGAUUAGGAUGGACUUCAUAUAUAGGCACAGCUGUACAUGCAGUUGGAAACUACUAGUUUUCCUGAUCCCAAGUACAAACCAUACAUAAAACAUGUUUUCACCAUGUGCUCAAUAUAGCAAAUGGAGAGCAGUCAGCCGAUGAAGUGAGGGAGGAUCAGUGGCUAAAAUCUCACUCCCACACUUUGGUAGAAUGUGUACAGAAUAUGAGAAGAGGGCUACUGUUAUUGAGGGGAAAGUUUAUAUCUGGUUGUUGUUGAAAAUUCUCUCUGCUGCUCCCAGUUGCUGGAAGGGAACAAGUCCUGGUGUUGAUAGUGUUGCUAUUGCUGUCACAGUAAUGGGAGUUUGUCUAUAAUAUGCAGUUAAGAAAAGUGGAGCAAGCAAGUGAAAUCAUAGCAAUAUUGGUAUUUUGGGGGCUAGCAGAUGCAGUUGCAGACUAGUUGCUGUAAAUUGUUUGACUUCAUGAAAUGUGCAUUGUAUUUCAAGGCUUGCAGUUAACUACAUAGUUUGCAGAAGACUUUUGCAAAAGGAAGACUAAUAUGGACUCAUACUGAAGUUUGCAAAUGUGUUUCUUCAUACUGGGUUAGGGAAACAGUUCUGGAGGUUUAAACUAAUUAAGAUUCUUGCUGUACUUGUUACCUGAUUGUUGUUGUGCUACUGGAAUGAAAGUAAUAUAAUAACUGAAGCAGAAAGAUCUCAAUUCUGCUUUUUGUCUCUACAGCUGAGAGGUUCUGGUAUUUUAGCAUAGUGCCUUGAAGUUUGUUUGUGGGGCAUCACAUGGCUUGUUUCAUGAGGAAACAAGCUUAAGGAACUACUUGAUGCAACCUGCUACCUGACAAUCCUGUGCACAGUAGUGCUCCAAAUUCAUGGUUGGUAUAUGGCAGUGUUGGCCAAACUUGGGUCUCCAGCUGUUUUGGGACUAUAAUUUCCAUUAUCCCUGACCACUGGUCCUGUUAGCUAGGGAUGAUGGGAGUUGUAGUCCAAAAACAGCUGGAGUUUGGCCUGGUGUGGUGUUUCUAGAGAGCAUGUUCCCAGGUGUCAUGUCUCAUAACCCUAUUGUACAAAGGUACAAAGUGGCCCUUAUAUAGGUAAAUCCAUGGCGGCUUUUGCUGCUAAACAGAAAACAUCUAUACCUCUACAAAAUAACUUGCAAGAAUUAAUCUGUUUCCUUUUUGUUGCAUGAUAUUUAUUUACUUGUAUUUCUUUACAGGUUGUGGCAUAGACAGUUGGCACAAUGUUCUACGCUCACUUUGUUCUGAGCAAGCGAGGGCCGCUAGCCAAAAUCUGGCUGGCGGCCCAUUGGGAUAAGAAGCUAACCAAAGCCCAUGUGUUUGAAUGCAAUUUGGAGAGCAGUGUGGAAAGCAUCAUCUCGCCUAAGGUAUUACAAAAGUAAUAGCAUUUUGUUUAGAGAUAAUAGGAUUCUGUGUUUUCAUGUGCUAUCAGAAGUGUUGAUAUAAAAAUGCAUUCAUUCAGUUGCUGCUUCAUUGAACUUGGCAUUAACUGCUUUGCUAUAUCAGACCAACAUACACUUAGUCCAGUGUCUUGUUUCCAGUUGUAACCAGGCAGGUGCUUCUGGGCACUCAGUUUAGGGCAUGAAUGACAUGUGUCAUUCUCUUUUCAUUUGCCCACAGCAUCUGGCAUUCAGAGGUAUAUUUGCUUCAACAAAGAGAUAUCAUUUAUCUAUCAUGACUAGGAAUUGUUGUAGACUUCCUAUAUGCAGAAUGAGAAACUGAUCCUACAUGCAGGAUGAAGUUUAUAGUUCAUACUUGCUUUGAAUCUCAUCUAUGCUUGUGUUGCUUACUUUACUGUUGAUGUUCUAUGUUCACAACCUACAUUGCUUUAAUUAAUUGCCAAUUGUCUUCAAUAAAAUAUACCAGGUACUAUAUUAUCCAGGCAAGAUGGCAUCAUGUAAACUGGCUAUUUUAGCUAAUUAUUCUCGUAAUUCAUUGUUCAGGUACUGAUCCUCUUCUGGAUGCUUCUGCAAGUUUUUUUGUAGGUCUUUCUGAAAUACAUAUUGCUAAAAAUAGUAAUAGAACUUCUUUGAUAUUAAAGCCACAUAAAUUUACAAGCCCAAGCUUGUGGAUACCAGUUUAAGUAAUUUGUGGUACAUCAAUAGUUGAAUUGGUGAAUGGGUAGAAUUCAUGCUCAGCCAGGUUACAGAAAGUAAUCCCUACCUGCAUGCUGGAAAAUGAUCAUUAGUCAUCAUUGACACUGUGUGUGACUAUUUGCAUGUACAAACAAACAAAAAUAUUGGUGAAGUUUGUACUGAAUUUCUAAGAGAAACAUCAUAACAUGGUUUUGGAGAUCCAGGAAGGAUAGUCUUGCAAAGUACUUCUUGAAGUUAUCAAUAUUUUUGACAGCAAAAAGAAGUUCCAACUUGUGUGCUUGAGGAGUUAUCUUUCUCCAAAAAAAUUGUUUCUCCAUCAGAUAUGAUUGACUGCUGCAUACUAACUAUAAGUAAAUUUUCAGGUGAAGAUGGCUCUUCGGACUUCAGGACAUCUUUUACUGGGAGUCGUUAGAAUUUAUCACAGGAAAGCUAAAUAUCUCCUUGCAGAUUGUAAUGAGGCAUUCAUUAAGAUCAAGAUGGCUUUCCGUCCAGGUAUUUGCUGCAUAAUAGCUAUUCACAAAGUUACUGCUCUUACAUAAAGAGCAAAUUGCUCUGGAAUUUAGUACAGGCAAUGACCGGUUUUAUGUAUGCUUCAUAUGGGCACGACUGCGCAUUGUGGCGACCUCGAAGUGGCCAAAAAAGGGGAUGGAUCGGGCUUAUGUGUGGUCUGCUGUCGUGCGUGAUGACCUGGAGUGAAACCCCCACGCAAAUUGGGGGUUGCUUGUAUUACAGCAGCAUUUACUUGUUUUACACAUUUUUCACUUUUCAUAGCCUGUUUAAAUUUGCCUUCCUUUCCAUGCUUAAGUAGGAGUAAGGCCUAUUGCAUAUUGGAAUAUUUUAUAAGUAGGAUUGUUUCCUAAGUUAUUACCCAGUGAAAUUCUCCAGAGGCAUAUUUAUUUAGGUGCUCUUCUUGUUGCUACAAAUACGUUGCCACACAAAUAACUCAAUGGGCUCGUAGAGUUACAGGAGGUUUCAUGUGGAACCUUUAAACACCCAAUAGUGUGUGAGCACAUGAUGCGUCACCAUAACAGAAAAUACUACUUAAAGAGCAGGUUUUAUUUCAUUUGAUGGAAUAGUUCAUUGGCUAAAAAGACUCCUGCCACAAUAAAUUCCAUGUGCCAAGAUGGUUGUUUCUUGUUUAAAAGUAUCACCUUACGAAUUUUAUAACACUUCUUUUUCAGGUGUGGUUGAUUUGCCGGAGGAAAAUAGAGAAGCUGCAUACAAUGCUAUCACCUUACCUGAAGAAUUCCAUGAUUUUGACCAACCCUUGCCAGAUUUAGAGUAAGCUGCUUUGUCUUCUGCUGUUUGCUAGAACUGUUAUCCAUGAGAAUGUAUGGUUUUUGAUAUUUUCUCAUAUUCCUCUAAUUGUGUUAUGUGUAAGCACUUGAACCCUGUAAGACACACAGAUGCCUCAGCUAAGACUGCUUUGUGGGAGGCUGACCACAUGCCAAAUUCUCAAUGUACUACAGUUGCAUGUGGUUCAUUUGUCUUUUAAAUUGUAUAGUUGGAUAGCUACCACGUUUCUAAACCUGCUGUAAUGAUACAAACUGUUGAAUGCAUAGUGCUUUUUGUACCCAGGCUACUUUCAGAAUGUAUCCUUGUAGCAUUCUUGUAUAUUCCUUAUUUUAUGGUGCCAAUAUUUUAACUAAAAUCUUUCAAACAUUUAAAUAAUUGUGUCUGAAGACACUUGUAACUACUUUUAAAAACAUAAGUUGAUCAGAAAAGUAAGUCUCUUUGUAGUACUAAUUUGGUAAACCUGAUCUGUAAUUAAGCUUUACUACUUAUUAUUUGUGUUUUGAGAUGGUUUCAAACUGAAGAUCUUUCUCUCUCUUUUUGUUCUUUCAAAGUGAUAUUGAUGUGGCUCAGCAAUUCAGUUUAAAUCAAAGCAGAGUGGAAGAAAUUACAAUGAGAGAAGAAGUGGGAAACAUCAGUAUCCUUCAGGAUAACGACUUUGGUAAAGUAUAACUUUUGUUCUUAAAUGUAUAUGUGGCAAUUGUACUACAGUUUUACAUAAAGUUACCACAGAAGCAGUUAGUAUAGUGUUGUGGUAGUUUGCUCGGCUCUGUCUUCCCUUAGCUGGAAAAAAGAAAGAAAACUUAUUGACUAUUUUAGACCAGUAGAGAAAGCUGACCAGGUUUAGGCCUCAUUGGAGUAAGUAGACGAAAGUCACCUAGAGCAAAAUGGACCCAAGAACGCAAUGAUCUGUCCAACAACCUUAAACACAAAUCCAGACUGAUUGUGAUCAAGGUAACUUAAGAAAGGCUUUUUCAAGCACAUUUUGCAAUGGCUUUAGCAACAAGCUGGAAUAUGAUAAUUAAGCCUCUGGAAACAAAAAUGAUUCAGUUUGGAAUACACCUUGAUGACAUGGCUACCUGUGCCUCAGAGGUGCUUGACAUUGGCUUGCAAAAAAAUGAAGAACUAGUGUUUCUCAGAAAAGAGAACAAGAUUAUAAAAGAAAAGCUUGAAGAAAUGGGAAACAGAAGUAAGCUGGAAAUACCCGCUUUUGCUUGAUUCUGGAGUGAGCAGAGGAUCAUUUCCCUUCCAUGGCUACUUUUAUUGCUGUUUGGUUGAUUUCCAUCAUUUCUGAUUUUGAAAGCUUGGUCAUGAACGUUGAGUCUCUCAGAGCACUUACUGCCAAACUGAAAGGUGCUGCUCCUUCCAGGGGCAUUCUUGAGAUUUAGCAAAACGUUAAAACCUGACAGAUGAUCAUUCAAUCUCUGCUUAAAAACCUCCAAGGAAGGAGAGUCCACAACCUCCUGAAGAGGGAGUCCACUGCACUGUCAAGUGACCCUUACUUUCAGAAAGUUCUUCUUGAUGUUUAGUCAGUCAUUAGGACUGUCAGCGCGAGGUGCCUGCAUUAUGCUGAUGAUACUCGGCUUUGUUUCUCCAUAACAUCUGAAUCAGGAAAGGCCCUGCAGUCCCUCAGCCAUUGCCUGGACACAGUGGUGCAAUGGAUGAGGAAAAACAAGCUAAGCUUGGAUCCUGGUGAGAUGGAGGCACUGAACCUCCAGUGACAGCUGGUUCCAGGAGCACCCCCAAAUUGCUAACCUCUUCAGUGGCUAGAAGUGCCUUUUACCAGCUGCAACUGGUUUGACAUUGCUGGACCACGAAAGCCUUGCCACAGUAGUUCAUGUCUUCUUGUGUUGGUUACUUCAAGACUGGAUUAUCCCACUUGAUCCAGAAGCUGCAGUUGGUGCAGAAUACUGCAGCACAAUUGUUGACAGGAAUGAGGCCUUGCUGGCAUAUAACACCUGUGCUGAAGGAACUGCACUGCUGGGUCCAGUUUAUGAGAUUGCCUUACGCCACAUGUGCCCACUUGAUUGCUUCGAUCGGUGGAAUCGUCACUACUAAAAGUGCCACAUAAUACGCAUUCCACAUUUGUAAGAAUGCUACCAUUUACUGUGUCAGCAGCUAUACUUUGAAACUCCCUGCCUGUUGAGAUCAAGCAGGACGUCUGCUAAAAGUAUCAUUGAUUAGACAAGUUCACCUAGAUGUUUAGAAAGUUGAGGUGGUUUUAUAUCAGUUUUCGUAUUUUAACUUUUGUGUGUAUAUAUAGGUAUAGCGGUAAACAAACUUCUUUGAGGGUUUUUUCUACAAUCAAGUGGUAUAUACAUUUUAUGAAAUAAAUAAAAUAAAAUAAAACCACUAGCUUAAAAAUAGUAUCCUUAAAUGCAAAAGCCAUGGGAGGCAUUAUUAAACUUAAAAGAAUUACCGUCUAUGUUAAGGACAUUAGCCCGCAAACUGUAAUGUUGCAAAAAAUACAUAAAUAUUAAAAACUCAUUUCUGUUGCCAUAAAGAAUCCACUGACCAAUUUCAACACCGUAUUAAGAGUAUUUAUGCCAUUCAGUAGCAGUAGGAUUAAAAUUAGAAGUAGAGGAUUUUAUAAAUUGUAGCAUAAUAAUAUUGUAUUAGCAGUUGAGGGUCUUUUUCAAUGUCACUUGCAUUUAUGAUGACUGCUUUUAUAACAGGUGAUUUUGGAAUGGAUGAUCGUGAAAUGAUGAGAGAAGAUAGUGCAUUUGCGGAUGACAUGUUGGAUAGUACUAGUGCUUCCAACCUUCUGCUGGAACCUGAGCAGAGCACCAGUCACCUUAAUGAGAAAUCUAAUCACUUGGAGUAUGAAGAUCAGUACAAAGAUGACAAUUUUGGAGAGGGAAAUGAUGGUGGCAUCCUGGGUAUGUUGGUAAUUCAUAUGUCACCCUACAUAAUUUAAGGGGUCCAACCUUGUGUGAAUUUUGUUUUAAAGAGAAUAUAGUAUAUAAAUCUUAAAGCUUGUUUGAACGUCUUGGCAGCAUCACGUACUUACCCAAUCCCUGAGGUUCUGAUUCACUGUUUUCAAAACAUAGAACUCGUGUUUAUGAGAUAGGACCCUACGCCUAGUUGAGAAAAUACUGCUGUAGAAGACAGGCUAGCUACUGAGUGGGGUUAUUGGACAGUGGCACCAGUAACUAAUAGGAACAUGUUUUCUGGGUUGUAUGGGGAACAACUGCCCUGAUGUAUCCUUCUAUGUAUUCUUUCUGUCUUAAAGUGCAAGGACAUCCUCCCCCUUGCAUACAUGCCAUUCUUUCCUAGGCGAUAUUAAAAAUGGAUGGCUGUGGUGAACAGGGAAUUUGGUUUAAAAUCCUGAAGAUUAAGGAUUCGGGUUAUGUAUAUCAUCUUGGAAUGGAAUUCCACAGGUGGCUUCUUCAGCCCUUGCAAGCUGCUCUUGUAUCAUAGGCUAGCUCAUGAUAUUGCUGCCUUUGAAAGUGUCUUUGCCACUCCCACCCCCCCAUUAUGAUUUUUAUAAAAGUUUUUCAUAAUACAGUUAGAUAUAGAAAACUACUGUAAAUUUAAAAAGACAAACAGCUGCAAAAGGAAAAGAAUGAAUGAAAGAAAGAAAGAAAGAAAGAAAGAAAGGGAAAAACAAGAACGUCUGAUUUUUCCAUCUGCCAGUUACAUUAAAAAAAAAAUAUUUAAGUCCAAAUGUCAUUCAUUUCCUUUUUCAACAAAAAGCCCAAAUUAUUUUUAUUACUAAUAUCAGCUGUGUUUUUUCUUUAAUGUCAACUUUACCUGUAGUAAUUCCCACCACUAUGCCACAUUUUGCUACAUGGCAUGCUCCUUCAAUCUUAACCCUUUGAGUUGCCCUUUCAGAUGACAAACUUCUCAGCAACAAUGAAGGAGGCAUAUUUGAUGACCCACCUGCUCUUUCAGAAAGUGGAGUAAUGAUGCCUGAGCAACCUCCGCAUGAUGAUAUUGAUGAUGACGAUAAUGUCUCAAGUGAGUGUUUAAAUUAGUGUUUUAAACCGAAAAAAAUGGGCAGCGCUUCAUAGACCUUCUGUUGAACUCAUCUAGUCUGUACAUCUUGUAUGUUAAUAAGCAUCUUGACAGUAACUGAGAAAGCACUUCUUGCUAAUGAGGCUGGAAACUAAAAGGAAGGCAUAUUUUAAGGGAAGGAAUAAUCUCCUCCACAUGUAGCUGCUGGGUGACCUUGGGCUAGUCAAACUUCUUUGAAGUCUCUCAGCCCCACUCACUUCACAGAGUGUUUGUUGUGGGGGAGGAAGGGAAAGGAAAAUGUUAGCUGGCUUGAGACUCCUUAGGGUAGUGAUAAAGCGGGGUAUCAAGUCCAAACUCCUCCUCCUCCUCCUCCUCCUCCUCCUCCUCCUCCUCCUCCUUUUCUUCUUUUCUCUCCUCUCUCCCCUCACCCCCAGCAAACUCUGUCUGGUAUUUCAAACCACUUGCUGAGGAACAAUAAUGCCAGAGGUCUAUGGUCUAUUACUUUGUGUUCUGCUUAUAGGCUUCCCAGCCUUUGGCCUGAUCCAGCAUGCCUUAUAUUUCUUCUUUUUUAGUAUUGCACUAAUGGAAUAAAGGGCAAGGGUGACAGUUUGAGUUCAAAAAAGCUGCAAGUCAGCUCCAUUGCUUGGCUUACUUGCCUUUUCCUUAAUUUUAGGCCUCCUACACACACACACACACACACACACACACACACACACACACCAAUUAUCCUAUUCUAAGAACACUGCCUGAGUGUGGGAAUGUGUUGAAUGGUGUGUAAUUAUAAAUGGAUGGGCAGUGUGUGAAAAUUGGAAAUGGGUUGAAUUGUGUGAACUUCUAUGCUUUUAACCAUUUAUUAGGAAACUCAGUUUAUCUCUUUGAUUCGCAGUGGGUGGACCUGAUAGUCCAGACUCAGUUGAUCCGGUUGAACCAUUGCCAACUAUGACUGAUCAGACAACACUGGUUCCAAAUGAAGAAGAAGCUUUUGCUUUAGAGCCAAUUGAUAUAACUGGUAAAUGCUGGAUUCUAUUUUCACUUUUGUACUAGAAUAACCUUGACUGAAGAAUUUCCAUGUUGGCCUUUUGUGUCAAAAACAGGAGCCUUGUGGCAUAUUAAAAACCAAUUUAUUUUGAUAUAAACAUGGUGGAUGCCUGGUUGACUUUACUGAGAGUGAAAAAAGCUGUUUUUAUUUAUUAUUUUUAAUUUCAAGUAACAAAACAUACCAUACCAUCCUUUAAUUAAACCUGCAUACCCUGUGUAUGUACAUACAUACAAUUCACACAGGCAAACAAACAAUACCAGCAGCUUGUGCUUGUUGACCUUGAUAAAAUACAUCCUUUUUAGUCAGUGGUCAGGAUUAUGCUGAUACUCAGUCCCUGGUGUAUAUGGUAUAAACUGCGAGUGAUACCUUAAUACUAUUUAGCGCUGACAAGUCUUAAGAGAAUUUUUUUUAUUAAAAAAAGGUUUUAUACUGUCCUACAUCUGGGGAGGAGCUUCUAACGGAAGCUGCAGUUUCUUUGUGUGAAUUUAGUUUCACUUUUCAGCAAGAGCGAGAUGUGUCGACGUUCGGGAACUCCUGAGCAGCACAGUACUUGUAAAGAAUCCUAAAGUUGUUAAUGGUGUGACCUGAUUCUAAGUGUGACUAUUUUUGCCGAUUGAGUGGUGUUAACACAUUACUUUUUUCUUGACCAGUUAAAGAAACAAAGGCAAAAAGGAAGAGAAAGCUGAUUGUGGACAGCGUAAAAGAACUGGACAGCAAAACUAUAAGAGCCCAACUCAGUGACUACUCUGAUAUUGUCACUACACUGGAUUUGGCACCUCCUACUAAGAAGUUAAUGAUGUGGAAAGAGACUGGGGGUGUUGAAAAACUUUUCUCUCUUCCUGCUCAGCCUCUGUGGAAUAACAGGCUGUUGAAGGUAAACCAAACUUAGGGAAAUAUAUUUUAAAAUAACAUGUAAAGGUAAAGGGAUUCCUGACAUUUAAGUUCAGUCACGAACGACUCUGGGGUUUGCUGCGCUCAUCUCGCUUUACAGGCGUUUGUCCGCUUCUGCAGACAGUUAUUCCGGGUCAUGUGGCCAGCAUGACUAAGCCGCUGCUGGCAAAGCCAGAGCAGCGCACGGAAAUGCCGUUUACCUUCCUGCCAGAGCGGUACCUAUUGUAUCUACUUGCACUGGUGUGCUUUCGAACUGCUAGGUUGGCAGGAGCUGGGACUGAACAACAGGAACUCACCCUGUUGCGGGGCCUCGAACUGCCGACCUUCCAAUCGGCAAGCCCAAAUAGUACAGUGGUUUAAACCGCAGCGCCACCCGCGUCCCUAAAAAUAACAGUUAUCCUAGGCUAAAUACACCAUAGCAUAUCAUACAUUGCAAAUGGCAAGUUCAUAAGAAUUGUUUUUGUAUUUAACUUUAUAUGUGCGUGCUUGCCAUUUUGCUUAAAAUCAUUUUCAUAAAAUUUUGUAUCUUUCUGGUCUUAAUACUAAAUCACCUGAAGUGGCUUGGCUGCAAAGGCUAUUCAAAGUGCUGCUGUUCCACAUUUAAGACUUAACCUUUGUUUGUUUUGCUUGUAGCUUUUCACUCGCUGUCUUACACCUCUUGUACCAGAAGAUCUUAGAAAGAGGAGGAAAGGUGGGGAAGCUGAUAACUUGGAUGAAUUCCUGAAAGACUUUGAGAAUCCAGAAGUGCCCAGAGAGGAACCGCAGCGCAGUGUUAUUGGUUUGUGCUUCUUUAAUGGCAUCCUUCCUGACCUGUAGAGGCUUAUUUAACUACGUCUAAAAACUUAAUAAUCUUAAUGCUCAAUUCUUGUAGCUACUUUAGUGUACUGGGAUCAUCUGAGUUUAGAGCAAAGCAAUGUUCUAGUCAUAAACAGGAAAAUGUUGAGUAUUAGUAUUCUCCCCCCACCCCCCAUUGAGUACAUUAAUCUGCAAUACUCAUGCUUAAAAAGUAAAGCAAAAAUAGAAAGGGCUACAAACUCCUAAAUGACUUUUGAGUAAGGUAGCCAUUUAUCAUUACUUCUUUGCAAUAGAUGAACCCAUCUUGGAAGAGCCAAGUCGUCUUCAGGAGUCCAUCGUGGAAGGCAGCAGGACCAACUUGGAUGAAUCAGUCAUGCCACCACCCCCACCUCAGACAGGUGUAAAGCGAAAGGUUGCACAAGUGGAACCAGAGCCUGUGCUACCCGUGAGUGACAAUGCCCUUUUCUGCUUGCUGUUGAAUCCCUAACGUUGUGCAUAAUUAUCUUGUGAGGCGAGUCUCUCUGUUCACUUUUAGGGAAGAAAAUGACCUGUAAACUGUGCAAGGCUCGAUGUGUUGAGGGCAUUCAGAAGAAGCACUAUGACUCUCAUGUGGAAUGUUAUAGGAAAUAAGUGUGAAUUCAAAGUAUAUGCUAUGCUUGGCAGUAUUUCAAACUAUCCUCUCUGAAUAAUGCAGCAACUUGGGAGUAGCACUGUCCUAAUUCCUGGGUUUUAUCACAGUCCUCUGGAGCAGUUUUUGAAGAUGAGCAGUGGGGAGGGCUACAGGAGAGAAGAGAGGAGGAAGGAAGUUGUGUUGUAGAAGCAGAAGUCCACUGCAUCAGUGGAACAAUAGUGUUGAUACUCCUCUUUUAUAACUUGUUCUGCAUUUGUAAGAACAUUUAUUGUGGCAGCAUCUACACAUUGGAACUUGCUCCCUAUUUAGAUCAAGGAAGUGCCUUCACUGUACUCUUUUAGGCACUUGCUGAAAAUAUUUAUGUUCCAGAUGCGUAAUAAAUUAAUUGUAUCUUUUGUAAUUUAACUUGUGUUUGUUUUUAAAAUGCAGUUGUAAAUUUGUCUUGGUUUUCUUGUUUUACAGUCUUGUAAACCGCUUUGAGGUGUUUAAAAAAACAAAAAACAAACCCACAAUCCAGUGGUGCAUAAAUUUUAUGAAAUAACAAAUAAAAUGGCUAGCUUAAAAGUAGUAACCUUAAAUGUAAAAGGCAUGGGAGCAUUAUUAAACUUAAAAAUUACCACCUAUGUUAAGGACAUGAGUCCACAAGCUGUAAUGUUGAAAAAAAUACAUAAAUAUUAAAAGUUUACUCCUUUUGCUAUAAAGAAGGAAGCUUUCUCCACCAACUGAUGUCAAUACCAUAUUAAGAGUAUGUAAUUCAGGAGCAGUAUGACUACAGUUGGAAGUGGAGUAUUUCAUAUGAAAUAAGUAAAUAAAUGACAACAAAUUUGGCCAUUGCGGAAAGUUGUGAGCGAGAGUCAUUGAAGAGAUUUUAACAGAAUGUGGAUGCAUUUAUGCUUAAUGCAGUAUGACUAUACAAAGCUUUUGAAAGUUUUAAGUUAUGAUAUAUUAUAUACUCAAUAGUUAUACAGUUAUCUAGUUUCAGUUGUUCUAACUUGAAUGCUUCUCUCCUUAGUCUCAACCAUUGCAACCAAUAGAAAUGCCCCCAGUGGAACUGCCUCCAGAAGAGUCUCAAAACAUCUGCCAGCUAAUUCCAGAGCUAGAGCUCUUGCCUGAAAAGGAAAAAGAAAAGGAAAAGGAAAAGGAGGAAGAGGAGGAGGAAGAGGUAGGUACUGAGUUGUUAUAACAGGGGUGCAACACUGGAGUUUCUAUUGACUGAGUUAAUUCAAUGGCCUUUACAAUUUGAAUACAUUUGUAUGCUUGGAUUUUUCCUACUUUGCCCCUGAAAAGGAUUACAUUUACUACUUUGUAUAUAUUCAUUGCAGAAUUAAGCAGACAGAAACAGGAUUGUGCAUAUUUAUUUACCUGGAUCUCUUAUUACUUGUUGCUUCUACAGAUAUAGAAAAAUGCUGAAGCUUUACAAUCAUGUGUUUGGCUGCAUUUGUAUGCAUGAGCUGAUGAUCUCUCAGCUGGGUUUGAGUAACUGUUGUUUCUCGUUCUAAAUGGUAUAUUUGAACCCAUUUAAAUCCCUUGUUUAAUUUUGCUGGAAGGCCAGGAUCUUCCUUGUGUCUCUUCUAUCUCUCCCCUCUCUCCCUCAUGUAAAUUUGCAUCUAGUGAUAUGUUUGAGAAACAUGAAAGAGGAAGAGGUAUAGAAUCAUAGAAUUGUACUUGGAAGGGACCCUGAGAGUCAUCUAGUCCAACCUCCUGCAAUGUUUCUCAUGCCUCUGGGCUUGCAGUUGCCAGGCCAGUUAGUAAGUUAAAAUGUGGGCAGACAUUUAAACAAUUUGUUCUAUAGGAAGCUUGUGAAAAUAAUAAUAAUAAUAAUAAUAAUAAUAAUAAUAAUAAUAAUUUAUUAUUUAUACCCCACCCAUCUGGCUGGGUUUCCCCAGCCACUCUGGGCAGCUUCCAACAAAAGAUUAAAAAUACAUUAAAACAUCAGUCAUUAAAAACUUCCGUAAACAGGGCUAAACAGUAGUAGUCGGCAGUCCCACGAUCAGUGAGAGUAAGUUCUAUUGAGCUUAGUGGAUUUACUUCUCAGUAGAGUAGAUUGUGCUGCUAAUUGGACACUUGAAAAACACAUCAGGUAGACACACCAAGGAAAUUUCUUGUUGUUUAAAAAUAAUAGAGACAUAGAAAUUAGAAACUGUAAAUAGUUUUACCUAGAAAAGUUGAAAGAGUAGGCAUGACCACUGUUCAGAAACAUCACAAACCCUAUCAUUUUUUUCUGUAAAAGUUACAUUUGUUCCUUUGAGCAGUUCUUUAUUUAAUUUUAGCAGUGGUACAAAUUAUUAAUAAACCAUUCUGAGACAGAAGGUGCAGAAGAUCUGGUAUAUGAACAUUUUGCAAUUAUUAAAUGAAUUCAAAGAAGUCGCUUAAUCAUUUUCCUUUAACAAUAUUUAUAUGAUAGCAUGGUAAAUAUACAUUAAGAUCUUAGGAUUUAUAGUUGUGUGUACUUCAUCAUUGCCUAAAACAAAAAGAACUAUGAAGCUCUUGUAAUGAUUUUCGGAGAGAUUUUCAAAUGUACUUCAAACUAGUUAUGGAGGCAGAUAUUUUGUACAUGGUCUUAGCAUCAUAUCAUAAGUUGCUCAUUGUACUCUUGUUUAUCCUAAAUCUACAGGCAAUGAAUUUUAUUCUGCUGUUGUACGGUUCAUGCAUGUAACCAUAAUCCAUUAUAGUUUCUUCAUGUGCCUUUUCUUUUGUGCCCUGAGCUUUAAAGUCAAGUCAAUCUGGCCUUUUAGAAUAGCAGAAAAGCAUCAUUUUAACAGACUAUCUAGCCCUAUCUAAAAUGUGAUUGGUUGCAGGAGGAAGAUGGUACAGGUGGUGACCAGGAUCAAGAGGAAAGACGAUGGAACAAAAGAACUCAACAAAUGCUUCAUGGUCUUCAGGUAUGAAAUGGUUUCAGUAGUAAAUGAAGUGUUCUUCUGAGCGUGGUUUUUUUUGCAGAUAGUACACACCUGAGUCUCCCCACACAGGCCAGCCAGGAAGCCGACGCGUAGGUCACAAAUGCAACAAGCUCUUCCCAUAAUUGCUGUCUAAUAGCUGGUGUUGUAGGAAACUUAGUAUGCAGUGGGGAUCCCGUGACUUAGAGAUUUUAGGAUCUAGCAAAUCAAACUCUCUGUGCUCUUUUCUAAAACCCAAAGAUUCCCUAAUAAGCAGGGGAUUGUUCCACUCCACAUAUAGUAAAGCCUCUACAUAAUUUGAAGCUCAUGCUAAUUAUGCUAACAUAUCUGUGUUAGUAUGCACUCAUGUACAGAGUGGAAGUAGCACUUUCACAUUCAGAUACUUUUUCUGUUUUACUAUUAAAUAUUUUAUAAUCUCGCCCUUGGCUGCUUGGGUUUUUGCUUGAUCAGGUUUUGGUUCUGUACUUAUUGGGUGGGGUCCACACAUCUUGAUUGGCUAUGAUAGCCAGAGAUUGCCUCUCUGCAUCAGUCUUCAUCUGAGGUAGAGGGGUGGGGUCUUGACUGUUACAUGUGCCCAGUUUUGACUGCUGUGGCAUGUCUUUGCCCUCAUCCCUUCCUUCAAGCUGGAGGUGUCGGUGGUAUUGCAUUUGCUAAAUUGGGAGAGGCUCAGAAAGCAGCAAAAUUUCUACUUUUGCUUUCUAAAAUUAAGCACAUGGUUAGGAAGAAUCUCUAGCAUUUUCAGGCUUCAGAGAAUGACACAUGGUCUUAGAAGAGUAAGAUAUGUGCUUGCCAGUGAUGUUCCAGUAGGUUCAAUUGUGAUCAAGUAGUAAAUGUUUAUAUUAAGCUCAGAAGUAAUUAUAACGCUGUUUUCUGUUUUCAGAGAGCUCUUGCCAAGACUGGAGCAGAAUCCAUCAGUUUGCUUGAGCUGUGUAGGAAUACAAACCGCAAACAGGCAGCAGCAAAAUUCUACAGUUUCUUGGUACUAAAAAAGCAGCAAGCUAUUGAGCUGACACAGGAAGAACCGUAUAGUGACAUCAUUGCUACUCCUGGUCCCAGAUUCCAUAUUAUUUGAAUGUUUUAUUUGGCUUGCUGUAUAGUUAGCAUCAUUAGUACUUACACAUUGCCCAAUGUGUAGGGCCUACAAAAGAAGAAAACUAGAGUCCAUUGUCCUGUACAGUCAUUUACUUUUGUGUUUUGUGUUUUUUUUCUAUUACAUUUUACCACUUUUGCAUUUCUAGUAACUUCUGCACUGGGUGACUUGAGUUCCAGUUGCAGAGAUGAGAGAAAGUGACUCAAGGACCUAAUAAAGAGUGUUUCUAAAACAAAUCAAAACAGAUGUGUGCAAUAUUGGUGCAUGUAACUAUGACUAAUACAUUGUUUUACAAUUAUCUGCUUAGUAAGCUAGAAUGCUACUCCAGAAGACCCAAAAUGGCCAACCCUAUUGUCUCAUUACAGGUUUUUGCCAAACAUGCUUAAAAUGUGGUCUCUUUUCCUCAUGGUAGUGAAUUCUUCCUGCCCCACAUUUCUUUCAGUGUUUUAUUAUCAUCUUCCUACUUCUGAUGGUGUUCUUGGAGCUGCCAAUAUGAAUGUUAGUGCCUGGCAGGAGUAUUUGCUGUGCCAUGGUAUCUUUAGAAUAGAGUUUAAGCAGCUCUGGGGCUAAAUGUAAAUGGGUGUCCUUGAAAAAUAUUAUUUAAGUGCAAGAGACAAUACAUUUCUGGCAUUGGAUUUUACAUUCCAUCUCAGUGUGGUCCAUUUCUGAUAGCUAGCUGCAAGGAUGGGGUAGUUCUGCUGUAAAGCACCAACUGCAAUAAAGGGUGUUUUUUUUAAUUGUUGAUUUGAAAAUAAUUGAGAAUUUUAAAGGCUUUUGAGAAAUGCCAUAAUUCUGAAUUACAGGCAAUUUAAUUUAGGUAUGCUGGUAGCUAGAAGGGUCUCAGUUUGAGCAUGCUACUUUUAUUUUUCCUUUUCCUUUUUUAUUUUCUUUCUUUUUACAAAUGUGGCACAACACUGACCCUGAAACAACAGCAAGCUACAUAUGUAUAUUUUAGAGGCAGGAGAAACUUGCAUUUAUUGAACAUAAUCUUGUUGUGUAAUAAGUAUUAAUAGAUCUCCAGUGACCUUUACAGUUUUUGUAACAGUGUAUUUCACAAUAAUGCACACUCCUGGAAUACUGAGCGGAUUUACAAAUAAACUCUGAUUUGAUUUUACUACUUAUUAUCAGGACCAGGCCAUACCAGAAAUCAUGUGACUAUGUUGAUGGAGACAUCAACAUUUUUUUUAAGGUGGGGCAAAAUUACUAAAGUUUCUGACUUUAAAUGUUGGCACUUUUGUGAAAUGAUUCUCUUCUGGAACUAAGAUUUCAGUGUAUACCCAAGUGUAAAAUUAUGUGAAUGUUUAAAAAUUUGCAACAUGUUUUCAUAAUCCUUGAGAAAGUUAACUAUAUAAAAUAGUUACUGCAGCUUUAUUUUUGACAUGAUGUGCCUGUACAACCAUGGUUUCCCCCCUUUGUACAAAGAGACAUUGUAGAUAACUUGAAUGUUUAAUUAUAGAGGUCAUUAGUUUCUUGUUAAACUUUGUUAGUCUGUUUUUGUUGCUUUUCAAGGUUAAUAUUCUUGAAAAUAGUUGCUGUUAUGUAUAACUUUUCUAAUAAAAGUUGUGUUAUAAGCU